AUGACUUCCAGCUCAAUACCUUUAACCGCCACUGUGGUUGACUUUAUCUGCCUGUUCACACACGAUUUGAAGAGAAAACAGAAACGUUGGCAGGAUGGCGUUCUAAAAUACCAUACAUUCAACAAACGGGUGAUGGUAUAUGAUGAUCGAAGCCACUUCAUUGGCGAUGCUCAUUGGCAGGGAGGUGGCGAUCUCGAGCCUGGUGAUGAGUUUGAGCUUGAUCGCGGCUCUGCCAUCGUGCAGGUUUCAGACUGCACCGGAACGCGAGAACAAGAUUUAACAGAAUUGUUGGAUAAACGCGUGAAAGAAGUCGAAAAGAGGCGAUCAAAUGCUGAGACAAGGACACCGGGAUCGAUCGCAGGAAUUGCUCAAACCCCGAGAAACGACCAGAAUACACCCCAUUUCCAACUUCGACACCGUCCGCUCAACGAUCUGGUUGGGGGUACAAAUAGAAUCGGGAGAGCUGUCAUAUCCCCUCAUUCACCGUACCAAGUACGCAAGAUGGCCGAGAGCCCUGUUCAGCAGCAAGAUUCACCUUCAGAGGACACGCGUCCGUCGAAGAGAAGAAGGCAAGAAGAGUCUCCCCCGAGCAAAUUGGGGCAUGCUCGUGCCCUCUUCGGGACGACAUUGACUUUGACACCUUUUUCGUCUUCAGUCUCGACGUCUCGGAGUCAAGCAUUACCUGUUAAGACAACCAUGAAACCCAAGAACACUUCAAUAAGCACAAGGAUUGACCUGCAGGACGUUUCUAAAGGAACUGGUACAAGUACAGAACAAACCUGUUCUUCAGAUCCUGAAGAGCCGAAGAUUCGUGCCCCUCGUCGGACAGCACCUCGCCGAGUGUUCACACAACGAGCUUCGCUUAGAGAACUACUGGCGGGCAAUGAGCAGAACUGGAACGGAGAGCAUCCUCGGCCGAGAGAGACUAUGCCGAAAAACCGUCCACAUGUACCAGAAAAAGCAAGACCCUAUUCACCACAAAAUCAAGACAAUGUUGUUUCACUUCUUACACAAACCGAACAAUCGGAGUGUCUUGACAAUGCAGGUCAAAACCUCCCACGCUUUGCUAGCACUCGGCAAGAAACUGGAGUCGACAAACCGUCCAAGCCCCCGCCCCCCACAACAGUAAACGAAGACAUGGAGAAUUCAGGCCGAGGUCGAAAGCAGUCAGCAGGGAUCAAUGACGACGCGUUUCUCAACUGGCUUGCACAGGGCGAAGGUGCAUUAGCUGACCACCGAACGCCAGCAUCUCCAACAAAUUCCCGCCCCCAACGCUUAAUGACGUCGGGGAGUGAUAAAAGCACAAUUCGUCAAAAGACCGUGGAAGAAAUGAAUCACACGGUAGUCCAAACCCCAAUCCAGAUCGAUGAGGAUGAACAAUUUCACCCAUGCCAAGUUACCCAGGCACUUUCUCGAAACCCUACUCCCAAACCACCCAGGACGAACCAGGCAACUGCUCUGAAGACUCAUAGCACUAAGCGAUCAUUGAACACCGAUAGAGGACCACUUCCACAAACUGGAGUAGCUGAACCUCCGCCUUUAAAGCAACCAAGAACUGAACUUCGUAUCAGAUCGAGGCAGCGCCGUGGGUUACUUAUGGUAGCGCAGAACAAGCAAAGUAAGAGAGCAGAAUCAUCGGGAAGAUCGCUCCCAUCUUCGUCAGGAACAGGAAGCGACGUGUACACUGCAUCCCGUCCCGCUAUUCCUACAAUUCCAUUGCCAGAGGAAUCUGAGAUGGCCCACGGCAAUGCGAAAGGAAUUGACCUACCCUCGCCAGGCUCAGUGGUAGUGGAAAAAGUACUGGAUGAAGAGUCGAAUAAGGACCCAAAGCCAUUGCGAGGUUUGGCAGAUAAGAAAAUCCAGAUUGAGGAUCACACUUUGGACGAUGCUAUUUCGGAGAAAGAUAGAACCUCAGUGACACCACCUCGGCGCACAAAUCCGAGUCAGCGUACACGAGAAAAAGCAGCUCAAGUUGUGCCCAGUGACAAUGAAGAUAAAAUCGCAGCACGCAACUCCCCCUCAGGAGCUGGAUAUUCUGAUAGCCAAGAUGAAAACUCAUCAACUGAUACCAAGCCUACAGGAGAGCGCCAGCCCACAACCAAACCCAAUGCCGAGGCGGAAGCAAGUUCCGGUCCUCAGAUCACCAAGAUGUUGAGAAAGAGUGUGAAGAGCAAGGAGAUAAUUGGCUUUACCAUACCAGUCGAGGACUUUAUGCCUACUAAUUUCGGCAUUGGUGGUUACGGUCAAUCGAUAACUGCAACGACUGAAAACAUGAACACAACAACCGAGAAUGCUUCGCAAGGGAGUUAUCUCGCACUCAAGAGACCAGGGAACACCACAAUUUCAGCACACCCGCAGGAACCAUUACGAGAGUCAUUGAGAGACAACCAACCACAAAACAAGCCACUACAAGAAAAACAACAUCAGGGAGAACAAACGCAGAUAGAACAAACUCCACAACAACCUCACAUAAAGCAACUACCGCGUGUAUCGAAUCCUGCCACCAGAGGUAAGAAGGCUGCUCGGAAACAGGACGCGGCCGGGUUGCCACCACAGAUUCUGGUUCAACCAGAGCCUUUCCCAGCUUCGUCUCGCAUUGCAUCUAGGAAUUCACUACAAAGACCGAAUCCUGUGAGUGACACAGCCCGAUCAGAGCUACCAGGAUUUUGCAAGCCGAAUGGUGGUGCUUGGAGCAGGCAUGCGGAAGAUUUACUAGGAAUGACAAGACCCUCUAAAGCAGCAUCUCGAUAA